AUGUCUCAUCCUUUGAAACAAAAAUUUUCCCCGCGUUUACUAGCAAAAUACCCUCAAUCCGAUUAUCCCGACGAAGAUAGUUUUCCCUCUUAUAUACCUAUGGUAAUGACUCAAGAAGAUGGUUCAAAACGUUAUGGUGUCUGUUUAACAACUUAUUAUGCACCUUUACCAGAUCAUCUUAUCGAAGAGCUUGAGGUUUUACAUAAGAAAUGGUGCGAGGCAAACAUGGCACCUGUUCCAUAUAUUAUGGGAAUUGAAAGACAAUAUAAAGGAAUGGAUUUACUUCCAGAAGAUGCAUGCAUUGUUGAUAUAGAUAGAGACACUGUAUUAAUUGCCGAACAACCAAUACAAAUUCCUCCACCAUACCCGAACAAUCGAUUUACACCACAUCAUACCUCCACCAGAUCGAAAAUUGGUGACGAACGUAGUGGUAAUAGUAUCGGUAAAAUUGGUUCGGUGGUGGGGAGACCCGCACAACCAAUUUCACUUGCGCCAUUAAUGGCAAGUGAAUCGAUAAUCAAUAAUACACAUUCCCUUCAAAAAAGAUUUUCCAAUUUUAAUCCAUCUUUUGAUAAAUUUGGUGAAAAUCGAGAUGAAAACAUG